CUUAACCUUUCUUUUUCUUGAUGAAACAUAUCAUUAUUACCUCUUCUCUUUCACUUAUCUGCUGUUUUUAACCUUUUUAUUUUUCAAUAUGAUUUUUGGUCAUUGGUUGAAACUAGAGUAUACUGUGGGAAAAUAAUACUAGUGUAAUAAAAGAGACGUGAACAGUGAGAAGCUUUUAGGGUUUAGUUUGGUGAUUGGUUAGCGGGAAAAUCUGGUAGGAAGAGGAAGAGGGAUGAAGGAAAGUAGCAGGAAACAGGGGAGUAUAUCCCCUUGUGCGGCGUGCAAGUUACUUAGAAGGAGAUGUGCUCAAGACUGUGUUUUUGCACCGUAUUUUCCAGCUGAUGAGCCUCACAAGUUUGCCAGUGUCCAUAAGGUGUUUGGUGCUAGCAAUGUCAACAAGAUGUUACAGGAAUUGCCGGAGCACCAACGGAGCGAUGCGGUGAGUUCAAUGGUGUAUGAAGCAAACGCCAGGAUGCGUGACCCUGUCUACGGCUGCGUCGGAGCCAUCUCAUCACUGCAGCAACAGAUCGAUUCAUUGCAAACGCAACUGGCACUUGCACAAGCCGAGGUCGUUCACAUGAGGAUGCGCAAUAUGCCUUCGACCUCAGAUCGGCCGGCAGGCACCGGCUCGCCCGUCGUCGCCUCUUCCAAGUUCAUGGCAUCUCAGUCCAAGUCGUUUUAUUGCAUGGACACGGUUGAUCAGGCUAAUAUGGCGGAAUCUUUAUGGUCUUACUAGCUAGCUUUGGUUUAGGGUUAAUUUAAUGUUUCUUUUAUUUUUGCUUGCUUUUUAUGGAUGCCUUUUAUUUCUCUAAUUGCUACUAUUUUCGUAUACCACAGUUCUACCUGACCCAGAUGGAGUUAGAUUAAAAUGCUGGUGACUAUCAUGACCAUUGACAUAUUGUAAAUAUAUAUAUAAUAUAAUUAAGAAAUUAUAAUAUAAUUAGCUG